AUGUAUGUGAAAUGGGUUUGAUACAGUAAUGUUAUACUAUGUGAUUUUAGUGAUUUUAGUGAAUGUCACUUUUUGUCAUUUUCAAAUUUCCCGCCGUUCCGUCUCCAUACAUCCCGACGCUCGCAGGGGACAGAACCCAGAAGAUAGAUGCUGGCAUUGGCUGGAGGACAUUGUCGGGGACACUGCAGGGGAGACAUCGCGGGCGCGCAGGACAAGGUAAGUGAAGAAGAGAUCCCGGAGCAUCACCGCAUGGUAAGCCCGAGUGCAGCUCAGGGUUACCCCUUGUGCUACACUUGGGAAUACCGCCAGGGAGGUUACGUU